UUGUAGAGAAUGGACAGUCAUGAUCUAUCCAUGUUCAUAGGGAAGUUUCUUCUCAUCUAGUUUGUAAUUGUAUGAUUCUUAAUCCCAAACCAUAUAUUUUACCAAUUCAAAUUGACAAAUUGUGCAAUUUAUGAAAAAAAAAAAAAAAAACUUUUAGGAGCUGCCUUUUCUUUUAGUGAAACUUGCAACGUGAUUCUAGUUGUAAUAUACAUUGCUAUCGUGUACUCUGCAAAUUUUAGAUGAUUUUUCUUUCAUAGUUAGAUUUUAAAACUUUAUUCAUUUCACUACUGCUUUGCAAGAUCAUUUGAGUCCUACAAACUGGUUCUUACUGUUCAAGUUUCAACUUCUGCAGACAAAUCAGUUGGAUGUGCAGCUGAAAGCAGUGCAGUUGCUUGGUGACCUGUUUGCUUUACCUGACUGCAUUAUUACAGAAACAUUUAAGCUACUUUUCUCAUUUUUUAUAUUAAGUUCCCUUUUCUUUAACGACAUGCGAAGAGUUUCAAGCUGUUAGAAUUCUUAAUCCGGCAUCGUUCAUUCGGAUGUGGCAUUGAUGUGGUCUCUAUAACAGGGUGUAGUUUGGUUCAUGGAAUAUAUGGGCAUGCAUCAGCAUGGUUGCAAAAUGGUAGUGGUUCAUGCAAAAUCGUUCAUCCCCAAACACUCAUCUCUCUCUCUUCCAGAAAGCAACACAGGCUGAUGGUACAAGCUUGCAUGAAUCUCCUGUCUAUUUGGCUACUGUUCUUGAGUACUUGGCAGCUGAGGUUUUGGAGCUGGCUGGGAAUGCUACUAGAGACAAGAAGUCUCGCAUCAUUCCAAGGCAUGUUCUUUUGGCUGUCAUAAAUACUGAGGGGCUUGGGAAAUUGCUAGCUGGCAUGACAAUUUCAAGUGGUGGUGUUUUGCCAAACAUCAACUCUGUUCUCCCUAAGAAGUUUGAGGAAGCUUCAAAAUCUCCAAAAAAGGACUGA